AUGGGCGAGGCGGCCCGAUCCCGCCCGGGCUGCGGCUCGGUCACUGGCGGCCGCGGGAACUGCACAUCUGGCGCCCCGGGCGCGCACGGGAGCGGGGUGGCUCCGCGCGCCGGAGGGGGAGUGUUAUGUGGGGCGCCGCGCCCCCAGCCCCUCCCCGGCAGGACGCGCAGACGGCCGGGGGGCGGAGCGGCGCGCUCGCGGCCCCGGGGGAGGGGCGCGGGGGGCGGCGCGGCCGUGGGGCUUCCCCCGCCGCCCCGCCGCCGCUGGGGCCACCCCGAGCCGGGAGGGGGCUGGGGUGCGUGUCGCGGACUCGCCCUUUGUGCGGCGCGGGCCGGCUCGGGGGCUUUGUCCUCGCCGGGCGGGGGAGGGGCUCUCAGCCCGGGUGCCGCGGUGCCCGGCGCUUCUCCAGGGCCUGCCGCCGCCUCCGGCUCGGGCCGCUCGGUCUCCGUUCCUGCUCGCGCCGGGGCGGCGGUGGCGGCGGCGGCGGCUUGCGGGGACGCGGGCCCCGGAGAGCGAGAGCGCGGCGAGCCGGGGCCGCCGGGGCCGCCGGGGCCCGUUCAUUUUCCGGUCGGUGUGGCGGCGGGGCUGGGGGAGGGGCGGCGGGGCGGGGUCCGGCUCCGGCGGCGAGUCACGGCCGCGCUCCCGCGGCGGCGCACCCGCUGCUGCGCGCCCCGGCCGCCGCUCCGAGCCGCGACAGCCCGGGAGAGGGCCUCAGAGGCCGAGCCCGGGGCCCGCCGGCCUUCCCACCGCGCCCAGGGCCGCGCCGGGUCUGCCCGCGGAGACCGCGGUCCGAGGUGGGCACACCAGGGACCCCCCGGCCGCCGCGCCCUGCAGGCCUCCUGGCUUCUUUGCACCUCUCUUAACCUGGAAAGGCCAGGUCCUGGAGCUGGGAGCGGCGACCGGGACCCACAGGUGCGGGUCAGCCGGGAAGGGUCUCCACACGCGGGACGCUGCCCCCGACCUGCUGAGCAGGCGAGGAAGAAGAAGAGAGCCCGAGGACAUGGCCGUGGGGCAGUUGGAAGUGGUGCGAGGAGCUCUUUGAUGUACCUUGCACCCAUGCUUGAAGUGAAUCCUGCCGCCGCAGGAGACGUGGCACACACAAAGGGUGCAUUUGUUCACACCUGUCGGGUCCACCACCCUGGCGGGGUCCCCCAGCCCCCACCAGUCUACCUGCAGGUUUAAGAGAGCGAGCGGCCCGCCAUGGAGUCCUGGCUUCCCGGUACCUUGAACUGUUGAACCUCUCAAAGCUCCCUUUUGCCUCUUUGGAAAGUUCUGAUUGGAGGAUCUGUGAUUGUGUCCGCAGUGGCCGUGAAAACUCA